CAACAGCGGCAGGAGGUGCUGCAGCAGAGGCGGUGGUUGCUCCUGGAAGCGUCAGCGCCGCGCAGCCGGAGCCACAGCCCGGAGGCACCGGGUGGUGCGCUGGGUGUUGUUGCUGCUGCUGCUGCUGCUGCCGGUCCGCCGCCUCCCGGACCUCCGCUGCCCCCGGGGCCCCGGCUGCCGCCUGCGCCCCUAUCGAUCCCGCCCGCGUGUGCGCCCCAGCCAGGACGCCGCCCCCGGCCGGGUCUUCACUUCUCAGCCGCGCCUCCUAUGACAGCGCCCGCUCGAAGAUGGCUGCGAAGGGCGCGCACAGCUCCCACCUGAAGGUGGAGGGCGAGCUGGAGCGCUGCCGCGCCGAGGGCCACUGGGACCGCAUGCUCGAACUGGCCCGGCAGCUGCAGACGCUGGGCGUGUCUGGCGGCGGAAGCCGGCGAUCCAGCCCCAGUUCCAGGUUCAACUUUUUAGACGCCGAUGAUUUUGGGAAAUUGCUGCUAGCUGAAGCCCUCCUGGAACAGUGUCUGAAGGAGAACCAUGCCACAAUAAAAGACUCCAUCCCUUUGUCAGAGAAGAAUGACCAGAGAAUGAGUGAAGCCAAAAAUUAUCUGAGCAGUAUCCUGAACCAUGGGAAGCUGCCGCCACAGUACAUGUGCGAGGCCAUGCUAAUCCUGGGAAAACUGCAUUAUGUGGAAGGCUCGUACCGAGACGCCAUCAGCAUGUACGCCCGCGCCGGCAUCGACGGCAUGUCCAUGGAGCACAAGCCCCUGUAUCAGAUGCGGCUGCUGGCAGAGGCUUUUGUCAUCAAAGGCCUCUCCCUAGAACGCCUACCCAACUCCAUCGCUUCGCACUACCGCCUGACCGAGAGGGAGGAGGAGGUGAUCGCCUGCUUUGAGAGGGCCUCUUGGAUCGCCCAGGUGUUCCUGCAGGAGCUGGAAAAGACCAUGAAUAACAGCACAUCCCGGCAUCUAAAAGGCUCUCACCUGGCUGAGUAUGAGCUCACCUACUUUCUAGAAGCUGCCCUCCAGAGCGCCUACGUGAAGAACCUGAAGAAGGGGAACAUCGUAAAGGGCAUGAGAGAGCUCCGUGAGGUGCUGCGCACUGUGGAGACCAAAGCCACGCAGAAUUUCAAAGUGGUGGCGGCCAAGCACCUGGCGGGGGUCCUGCUGCACUCCCUGAGUGAGGAGUGCUACUGGAGCCCCCUGUCACACCCUCUGCCCGAGUUCAUGAGCAAGGAGGAGAAUGCCUUCAUCAUGCAGGCCCUGCGGAGACCACACCUCUAUGAAGGAGACAAUCUCUACUGCCCGAAGGAUAACAUCGAGGAAGCGCUCCUGCUCCUCCUGAUCAGCGAGUCCAUGGCAACCCGGGACGUGGUGCUGAGCCGGGCACCUGAGCAAGAGGAGGACCGCGCAGCGAGCGUGCGCAAUGCUGCAGCCAUCUACGACCUCCUGAGCAUCACGCUGGGCAGGAGGGGCCAGUAUGCCAUGCUGUCAGAGUGCCUGGAGCGAGCCAUGAAGUUUGCGUUUGGAGAAUUCCACCUUUGGUACCAAGUGGCCCUCUCCAUGGUGGCUUGUGGGAAGUCUGCCCACGCUGUCUCACUGCUGCGGGAGUGCAUGAAGCUGCGGCCCUCGGACCCCACUGUGCCUCUGAUGGCUGCUAAGGUCUGCAUCGGGUCCCUGCAUUGGCUGGAGGAGGCGGAACGCUUUGCCCUGAUGGUGACUGACCGUGGGGAGGAAGCUGGCGAGUUCCUCCCCAAGGGCUACUUGGCACUGGGGCUCACCUAUAGCCUGCAGGCCAGUGAUGCCACCCUGAAGGCCAAGCAAGAUGAAUUACACCGGAAGGCGCUGCAGACACUGGAGAGAGCCCAGCAGCUGGCACCUGACGAUCCCCAGGUCAUCCUGUAUGUCUCCCUGCAGCUGGCCCUUGUCCGCCAGAUCUCCAAGGCCAUGGAGCAGCUGCAGGAGGCCCUGACGGUGUGCAGGGACAACGCCAAUGCCCUCCACCUGCUGGCCCUGCUCUUCUCUGCCCAGAAGCACCACCAGCAUGCCCUGGAUGUCAUCAACAUGGCCAUCACCGAGCACCCCGAGAAUUUCAACCUGAUGUUCACCAAGGUGAAGCUGGAACAGAUGCUGAAAGGCCCAGAGGAGGCCCUUGUGACCUGCAGACAAAUGCUGCGACUGUGGCAGACCCUGUACAGCUUCACACAGCUGGGGGGCAUGGAGAAGGAUGGCAGCUUUGGUGAGGGCCUCACUAUGAAGAAACAGAGUGGCAUGCACCUGACUCUCCCUGACGCCCAUGACGCAGACUCCAACUCUCAGCGGGCCUCGUCCAUUGCGGCCUCGCGGCUUGAGGAGGCCAUGUCGGAGCUGACCGUGCCCGCCUCGGUGAUGAAACAGGGCCCUAUGCAGCUGUGGACCACACUGGAGCAGAUCUGGCUGCAGGCUGCUGAGCUGUUCAUGGAGCAAAAGCACCUCAAGGAAGCCGGUUUCUGCAUCCAGGAGGCUGCAGGCCUCUUCCCCACCUCUCACUCGGUGCUCUACAUGCGGGGCCGGCUGGCCGAGGCCAAGGGCAAUCUACAGGAGGCCAAGCAGCUGUAUAAGGAGGCGCUCACAGUGAACCCCGACGGGGUGCGCAUCAUGUACAGUCUGGGUCUCACGCUGAGUCGACUGGGCCACAAGAGCUUGGCCCAAAAGGUGCUGCGGGACGCCGUGGAGAGGCAGAGCACCUGCCAUGAGGCCUGGCAGGGCCUGGGGGAGGUGUUGCAGGCACAGGGCCAGAAUGAGGCUGCUGUGGACUGCUUCCUCACCGCCCUGGAGCUGGAGGCCAGCAGCCCCGUGCUGCCCUUCUCCAUCAUUCCCAGGGAGCUCUGAGCCGCGCCCUACGCAGCAGCAGCAGCAGGAGGGAAAGCAUAGCCCUGCUGUGGGGCAGCCAGGCACGCCACCAGGAGGUGUGGGGAAAAUACAUCAGUCGUGAGCACUACGUUUCUUAUCUUCCCCAUUCCCACCCCGCCCCCACCCUGGCUUUCCCCCAGCUGGGCCUGGGCACUGUUUGGAGCCAGGUGGACAAGAUUUGCAUCCGAAGCAAAUCCCACGCUGCCUGGGACACUACUGACGGUGGCUUUUUGGAGCCAGCAGGGAAGUGGCUGGGAGAAGGCAGCUCCCAGCUCCCAGCGUGUGCCAGCCAACUGUGCACUCAGGCUAAUGAGUCUUGAGGUCUCUGCUCAAGGGCACCAAAGAUGAGCCCCGCAGCCAGCCUCUGGCCUCCUGCCUGGAUGCCCUGCUCACGAUCUUGGCUUGAACCCUCAGUGAUUUGGUCACAUAGUGGGGACCAUUCCUGCUCCGUGGCAGCUGUACCCUGUACCCACACGUGCCGCUGCCUGGGGUUGGGGAGCCCACCCCCACUCUCACACAUCAAUCUCAGGGCAGCACGUUGGGUCUCUCUCAGGUCUUAACUGCUGGAAGGAAGAGCUGGCAGGUUGGAAGGAGGCAGGAGCCAUGGGGGCUGUCUGUCAUGUGCCUCUCUGGGCUUCUAGUGUCUGACUGGAGGCCCCAACUGACCCUUGCCUGUCCAUCCACUGCCAUAGCCCCCUCUGCAAUGUGCCCUUGGCCAGGGACCCCUAGGAUGAGCCUCAGGAUACACAUCUGGCCGUGGACCAGCCAUGGAGUCCACGCAUUGUUUCCUAAGACUCACCUUGCAACGCAGGUUUCUGUAGGCCCAAGAACAUGCAGGGCAGCCCCCAACACCUGUCAUCCCCAAUGGCCCUUUGGUGGGCUUUCCACAGUGACCUGGGCCUGGCUGUGUGUUUCCCCUAGCCUGGGUUGCCCUGAGGGGCUCCAUGUCCAUAGCACAGCUCUGCGUGCAGGGUUUGAGACACUGCUGGGGUGCACCCCCCAGGACCCUUCCCAAGAAGUCAGCCCCUGCCCAAAGGGGGGGAGCCAUUUUCGGUCCUCACUUUGCACUUAGGGUGUAAAGCUCCAUGUGGUACUGCUCUUGUUUUCAGAGAGAGGGAUUGGAAGGUGGGUGGGCACCGGCUGCUCUGUGGUCUUCUGCCCAGACCCUAUAUACUGCACUGGCUCAGGACCACAAGCCCCAAGCUGCUGCCCUGGGGAGCCAGCGCCUCCUGGCCCUUCUGGGCCAAGCCAGGGGGCAUCUCGGAGGAUACUGGAGCCUUUGCCUCUUACUGCAGCAGGCUCUUACUGCAGGCUUUGUCUGUGUGU